ACUUCUUGUUGACAUUCGUCAAAAUCUCCAUUCUCCCCUCUCUCUCCGCGUCGACAAACAGAGCUUUUGACCAAGGUCCUUGCUUUCUUGGUUAGCUUCUGUUAUCCAAACCCCCGCCUCAAGAUACUAUCAUAGCUAUCUCUGCGCAUCGCACUGGAUCAAAACAUCGUCGCGUUUUUAUCCUUUCCUCAGCAAGACUCAACAUUGCCAACUGCAGCCAUGUCAUUGCAAGACACAUACAAGAGGUUCCUCGGUUCGCCAAACGCCGCGGCGCUCUCGGACGACGCCUCUCUACACUACAUCACAACCACCACCAGCGUUGCCGGCGCAUCCAAUAUCACCAAGCAUCUCUCGACCGUCGCCAGCCAGGUGAAGAAGGAGAAGGAAACUGUCCUCUAUGCCAUUGAAGGCCAAGAUGCCCUCGCCCUAGAAGUCAACACCUCUCUCGAGUUCCUCAUUACCGGAGGCCCCUACCUCCCUGGUCUGGAAGAUAACUACGUUGCCGAUCGCAAGGUCAACUUUACUAUUUUCCACAUCGUAACCUUCAACAGCGACGGCAAGAUUACACAAAUCCGACAGAGCUGGGACCAAGGCUCGCUUCUUAAGCAAGUCGAGGUUAUUGGUAGGUCCGGUCGCAACUGGCCAAUUCGCGACAGCAAGGAUCAGAUCAGCCUCAUCACAAGAUGCAUCAAGGAAGGCGGCACUCCAGCUACCGAUAACCAAGGCUCCACGAGCACCCGUCCCAAGGUCACCAACGCCAUGCGCGAUCCUCAUGCGUCACUUUCUCUGUUCGCUUCUCGUGAAGAGGUCGCAACCCCACCAGAGCCCGUUGUCUCUCCCUAUGCUGGAAGCAAGCCACGCCAACGCACGUUUGAGGAGAUUCUUGGAGAUGAGCCAGUUGAGGACCCCACCUCGCCCACUACUGACCGCAGUCGCUCCAUGACUCCCGGCGUCGCCCCCAAGGCUGGUGCCUCGAAGCACUUCCAGCCCAUCCGUCUCUUUGAGACGGAUGAGAAUAUGCCCGAAGUACCCGAUACACCUCAGUCAAUCUACUCGGUUCAGCGCAAGGUGAAGCCCGAUCCGACAAAGUACAAGCACUUCGACUUUGCCGACGGUUCCGAUCCCGCCGACGCACCCCAGCCUGGUGUUCCCUUCGACAAGAAGCCCAAGACCAAGCAUGACAGCCAGUGGUCUUUCGAUGACUUUACCACCCCCGAGAGGCCAGCUCCUACCCGUACCAUUCUACGCCGUGAUGACGAGACUCACUUUAGUGUUGGCAACGACGGCCCAUCUCCCGAGAUUCAGAAGAACAACCGCGGCGCUGGCACCAACGCGGCCUCCCACUUGUAUGACGACAACCUCUUGAAAGCUGAUGGCAGUGCGCCAUCGCCGGUUGAGAAGAGCAACCGCGGCGCUGGCACAAACGCAGCGUCGCACUUGUAUGACGACGACCUCAUUAAGGCUGAUGGUAGUGCGCCAUCACCUGCGCCUCGUCCGCUGAGCAACAUCACCAACGCCAAGAACAGGGAGAAGCACUUUGAGCCUCACUUUGAGAUCUCGGACGAAUCCCCUCGGGCUGAGAAGGGUGCCAACGGUCGCUCCAAGGCCAGCGAGAAUCGCCAAGCGGCCCAACGUGGAUUGGAAAGUCACUGGUCCAUCGAGGACGAAUCGCCCGUACAGAGAAAGGAGAAUUCCAACACGGGCAUUACCAUUGCAGGUGAUGGUAUGGGCAGCAGAAAGGGAUUUGAGGCUAGCACUGCUGUCAACAAGGGCAUCACUAUUGCCGGAGAUGGCAUGGGCGGCAAGAAGGGAACGCAGCGUAACUGGCUUACUGAGGAGGAGGAACCUCAGGACAUGCACCUCCAAAACCGAAAUCCCGGCAAGAAGCAGACCUUGAAGUCUGACAACUUUUGGGACUUUUGA